GCUCGCAGUGAGCGGAGGACGGCGCAGGAAACCUCUCACCUCUGCACAGGAUCCACGAUCAGGAAACAAUUUCCGCUUUUAUAAAUUGGAUUUAAGCCUCUGGAGCCCAGGAGACGUGUGGGUGGGGAGCGGACGGAUGAAUGCUGAAAGAUGAGUGGAUGAAGGCAUCCAGCCGAGAUUUCUCUCUCCGGGGGGAGCUCUGGUGACUCACUGCAGGUGUGAACUCCUUCACUUCCCCGUGUGGUCGCAGGAAACCCGACGCUCGCCUCUCAGGUUUCACUCCACCUGCUCAUCACUGAAAUCGCUUUCCAUCCUGCAAGUUUACGACUUCAAAGCUCGCCGUAAUCUUCCACGGGGGUUAUUGUUUGUCUAUGUUCAAAACACAGAGGAAGAGCUUGUAAUUAUGCUGUCACUCUCAUUAUCUCUGUUUCUCCUGCUGCACCACUGAGAGGUGAAGCAAAGGAGCCGUUUUUCCCUCUUGGAGAUUACAGAAGGUGGAAGAGGGGGAGAGGAAGGCCGGCAGGGAGGGAGAGAUAAACAGAGGCAGUUUAAGGCGGUAAACACGUCCAGUCCAGAGGCAGCCUUCCUCUAAACACAUCGGCCAGAAACCAGCGCUGUGUUAGUCUGCAGGGACAAACUGGAGCGAGCAGAAGACUCGGCGGCGGUCAGAACAGACGAGAGAUCAGCGGAGGAGUCGAGAAACCUGCAGCAUCCCGUCACUGAGGGAAGACUCUGAUUGGGAGAGGAAACCGGAGCAGGCAGCCGUCAUGGACCCGGAGGACUCCGGCAGACUCUCCUCUGUGAGGCAGCGGCCCGGCAGCGGGCCGCCCUCCGCCCUCCACCCCCGGACCCUGCUCCUGCUGCCCCUGCUGCUCCUGCUCUCCCUGUCGCUGUGGAGCCACCAGGCCGAGGCCGUGGUCCACUCCAGCUUCCGCCGGCUCAGCGGCCGCGAGAAGAAGGAGAUGCAGAAGGAGAUUCUGUCCAUCCUGGGCCUGCCGGGACGCCCCCGGCCGCACCCGCCUCUGCGACCCCCCUCCUCCGCGCCGCUCUUCAUGCUGGACCUGUACCACGCCAUGUCGGCCGACGGCGAGGACGAGGGGAACGAGAUUAUCGUGAACGGGCCCGGCGUGGUCAAGCUCGGGGCGGCAACCCAGGUCAACCUGGCGGCCCUGCCGACCCUGAGCACACACACACCGCCGCUGGGGACGGUGGUCAGCGAGGCCGACACGGUGAUGAGCUUCGUCAACCUGGUGGAGCAGGAGCGUGACCUCCUGCAGCCUCGUCCCUACUGGAAGGAGUUUCGCUUCGACCUGACCCCCCUCCCUCAGGGUGAGACGGUGACGGCGGCUGAGUUUCGUAUCUACAAGACGCUGACGAUGGGUCAAAGGGCAAACCGGACCCUGCACAUCUCCGUCUAUGAGAUUCAGAGAGACAACAGACACAGAGAGCCGGAGCUGGUGCUGCUGGACAUGCAGUCGGUUCCUGCGGGACAGGAGGGCUGGCUGGCCUUCGACGUGACGUCGGCCUCCAACCACUGGCUGCUCCACCCGCGCAGCAACCUGGGAAUACGUCUGUACGUGGAGACUGAGGAGGACCGCUCGCUGUCUGCAGGCUGGAUCGGGCUGGUGGGCCGCAGGGGGCCUCGCUCCAAGCAGCCCUUCAUGGUGACCUUCUUCAGGGAGAAUCAGAUUCCAUGUCGGCCGCCGAGAGCCGUCAAGACUCAUCCUCGCAGGAAGAAGCCCAAAUACGACCUGCCGGUGCCCAGCAUCCACAAUCGCAGUCCUGUGAAUAGCGGCGGUCAGCCCUGUAAAAAGCAUGAACUCUACGUCAGCUUCAGUGAUCUGGGCUGGAAGGACUGGGUUUUGGCUCCCACUGGAUAUUCAGCGUACUACUGUGAUGGAGAGUGUUUCUAUCCUCUGGGCUCCUGCAUGAAUGCCACCAACCACGCCCUCAUCCAGCAAGUGGUCCACCUCCUGAAGCCCGACGAGGUCCCGAAGGCCUGCUGCGCCCCCACCAAGCUCAGCCCCAUCUCCGUCCUCUUCUACGACGACAACAACAACGUCAUCCUCAAGAAGCACCGCAACAUGGUGGUGAAGACCUGCGGAUGUCUAUGAGAGGAGGAACCUGAUCCCAGAUCAGACCAUCCAGUCAAACCAGCACUUUAAAGGCAUGUUGUUCUCAGAUUACUGCGUUUUCAAUCAUUUUCCGAAUAAUCCACGGUUCCUCUGAAUACUGAAGAUCGGUUUGUUUGAUAAAUGUCACCAGAUGUGAACGGAAGUUAUUCUUUCAAACCAUUACACCCUUUUAAAUUAACGUUUUCACGUUGAAACAGAAACAUUUUAUUGGACUUCUGUUCUUCAUAAGCUCUCCUGUGAAAGGCAAAUGAUCCUGGAUGCUGAAACAAGCCGCUGCUGAUGCCUUUUUCACCCGAGAGCAACAUGAAUUAUUCGUUCUAAAGGAAAACCUUGUGAUCAGAACUUCAGACAGAUGGUGUGUUUUAAUAAAGUAUUUCUCAUGUUAAUACAGAAUAAAGAAAAAGGAAAUA